CGCGACGAGCACGGCCGCUGGCAGGCCGAGUCCACCGAGCUGCGCGGGCUACGGCACGCGCAGCUCGCGCGCGGCGUGGCCUCAUCCACCGUCUCCGCCAACAUACAGGACGUGCUUGACGUGCUGUGCCCGGGCCACGGCGUGCCGGCCGCUUGCGCGCGCCAAAGCAAGCUGAUGCGCGGCGAGGUCACGAUCGCCGGCGAGGCGAUGGCCGCCUUUAAGUUCGCGGCGAGCCGGCGCGUCAUAUCCUUUGGCUGGGACGAGUCGACCAAGUUCGGAAACUCCGUCUUCAGCUGCAACUUCCAGCUCGAGCACUUCGACGGCACCAUCGAGGACGUGUGCUUGCGCGGGCUCUCGAUACUGCCGCACGGCGGCACGUCGGCAGCGCUGCUCGCGCACAUCGAGGAGCGCAUCCUGUCCUACUCGCGGCGCGUCCUCGCCGCGUGGAUCGAGCAGCACGAGAAGGAGAAGGGCGCGGGCAGCUGGGCGGCGGCGGGCGGGCCGUCGCCGGAAAACAUCGGCCUGCACCGAUUGUGCGAGGGCACGGUCCUCAUGACGGACACGUGCAACGGCGCGCGCUGCACGCGGCGCAUGGUCGCGGCCGCUGCGAUGGUCGCCGUCGAGGCAAAGGUCGGCAAGGCGGCGUGGGACGCCAUGACCGAGGAGGAGCGCGAGCGGAAGUACAAGACGUACCUCGGCGACUGCUGGCAGCACCUCCGCAACAUAAUAAUCGAGGCCAUGGCGGCCGCGGCGAACGCGUCGGUGAAGGCGACGCUCGACGACGAACUGGACGAGUUCUCCUCCUUCGAGCGCAUCGACCCGGACGGCAGCUGCGUGAUUCGCGCCGCGUUUAAGCAAUUCCACCACGGGGGCGAGUACGCGAAGGGGCGCGGGCGCGAGUUUGAGUCGUGGCGCAAGACGCGGGCGCUGAUGUUCCUCCCCUUCGAGCGGGCGGCCGGGUCGCGGCAGGACCUAGCGUUCGACGGCUGCGUGCCCCUCUUCGUCAACCGCGUCACGUGCGUCGACUUUCUGCGCGGGCCGACGAGGGUGAAGGCGUCGAUGAGCAUCAAGCCGCCCGUGGGCCGCGCCAGGGCCGCGGCGGGUCCUGGCGACCCCUCGAGGGAGGCCAGGCUACCGCCUGCGAACGGCCGGUUGGCAGACGUCAUGGCCGGCAUGUACGACCCUUAA